AUGGCGGACGAGAGGAGGAGCAGGAGGGGAGGCACGGAGGCAGGUCCAUAUGCGUCAGACGCGCGCGUUCGCCCGCAGUCAACACGAACGCAGCGGCCGUCCAUGGCGGCUCGGGUCAAUGUAGGAGGACGAGGGGAGGAGCUCUCGAGGCCCGACACCGAGAAUGGAGUGGAGGCGGCUGGAUCUGGCGAUUCUGGAGGGGCUGGCGACGAGCGGCUCCGUGGGGUUCAAGCGGCGGCUUCCAUGAAAUUGAUUGUAGGUAUGAGCGAUCUGGUUUCCCCUUUUGUUGUUCUAUAUGAGGAUGAUGUAGAUGGCUUUUGGUGUUUUGAGAUGCUACUGAGAAGGAUGCGUGAAAAUUUCCACCUCAAGGGACCGACAGGAGUUAUGAAGCGGUUGGAAGCAUUAUGGAAGAUCAUGGAAUUGAUAGAUACGUAA